AUGGAGACUCUGAAAGAGUGGUCGCUGCGGUGGGUCAUGAAUGGCAUGUACAAGGACGGAUCAAUCUUUAUAUCUCAUCCCAAUAUUGCGCUGAAACUUGCUGCGUGCAACUGUGUAGCCAUGCAGCUCCCAAGCGACCAGAAGCAAUUGGCGUUGGCGGCACAUAGCAUUGGCGCGUUGGAGAAGAGUGGCAUAUCCUGCGUUUUCUUCACUGAACUUUCUGCCUCGGAGGCUUCGGAGUUGGCUCGGAGGAACUUCGGGGAGGAUUUCCGCGUGGCGACGGCCGAGGGGAUUGAAUGGAAACGCCAGCGAGUCACGCCGCGCGAAGCGCCCUUGAUCGUGGCUGAGCUGCCCGUGACGAAAGCCGCCACUACGGUGGAAGAACUGCAGGCAGCCGGACACACCGUGCUCUAUGUGGGCGCCACCGAUGCGGAGGUGGAUGCUGUUUCAGUGGCCACCUUGCCCGGUGCUUUGGGCCUCAACGGCUGCAAGGCGGUGCAGAACGCGGCAGAUGUUGUGCUGCUCAGCGACUUUCUUGGAAGUUUGGCAUUUGCCAAGCACAGAUGUGUCAUCGCCACAGCGUCGCCGGAGAAGUUUGUGACGGGGCUGAGGAACCAUUACCGGGACGGUGCUUUACAGCUUGUGCCCCAAGUGCAGCCCUGUGGCGGUUUGAAUAUUGGAUUGCUGGCCUGGUCGGCUGCCCUGUCCAUGCUGAGCUUCAAAGAUGCCAAGCAGGUCGUGCAGAUGGAGGCUCCAAAGAUGGUCUUGUUCCCACAGCGUGGGGCCUUGGACGAGGUGUUGAUACAGCAAGGUCUCAACUCCUCCAUCCACGACUUGGACGCCUCGGCGGAGAACUUCGUGCGAAGCAGUGGGGCGCCAGGGGCCAACCCCUGGGUGAACCAACAGACGCUGUGCAGCGGAGUGCUCAAGAAAAGUGGAAUCUUGGACGUUCUGAAGCAGCUACAGCCUGAAGACGAAGCUCUGUUGGUGGCUGCUGCUGUGGCCAGAGCCUCGGCCGACUUCCACCUCUCCCCCGGUGCCGUCGCCGCUUCCGCCGUGACGGUGGGCCGCGACACGCGCUGUGCAGUGGACGCCAUCUGCAGCAGUGCGGCACUGGACCUCCCCGCGUCGCACGUGGCGUACCUGGCGGCCCGCACCGCUGCGAGCGCCGUCAGCGACCGCUGGGAGCAGUUUGGGACGGAGCCAGAGAGUGUGGGACACAUGGCCUUGCAGGCGGUGCGAGGAGAAAGGGGUGGGUUUGAGUGGUGCAUGCUGGUUACCGGGAGUUUUGAAGCAGAUUUUUGA